AUGGGAGCCUCUAUGACGGAUGUCGCGGCCGUGCGCAAUCCACCGACAGCGCAGGGAUGGAAGGACGAGGGCGUGCAUUUCCUGCGCGCCGUCACCGACAUGGCCGAGCAUUGCAACGUGGUGACCGGCGAGCCCAUCUUCAACGACAAGGGCGUCAAGCUCGUGGACAAGGGCGCGCGCAUCGACAGCAACAUGUACGAGCGCCUGGUCAAGCACAAGCUGCGCGACCCCAUCGACAAGCAUUUGGGCGUGGACAACCGCGUGGACGUGCUGGCCAUCGAGGCCCAGGCCAUGGUGCAGUGCGAGACCGUGGACCUGAUGCGCCGCCUGGUGCAGUCGCUGGGCGGCACGGACCGGCUGCUGGCGCCGCUGCGCCUGAUGGUGCUGCCGCCGCAGAUCGCCUUCAAGCUCACGGUCAUGCGCGAGCAGCGCCCCGAGCUGUUCGCCCACAGCCUGCAGAUGAUGCUGGUGGCCGUCUACCUGGCGCUGCAAAGCGAAUGGAGCGAGCGUGAAUGCGGCCCGCUGGCCACGGCGGCCCUGCUGCACGAUGUGGGCAUGCUCUACAUGGACCCGGCCUGGACCGACCCCAACUACCGGCUCACGGGCGCCGAGCGCAAGCACCUGGUGGCGCACUCGGUCACGGGCAUGCUCAUCAUGCGGGGCGCGGGCGCGUAUUCGCAGGACGUGGAAAUGGCCGUGCUCGAGCACCACGAGCGCAUGGACGGCACGGGCUAUCCGCGCGGCGUGCAUGGCGAAGCCAUCUCCAAAAUGGGCCGUAUCCUGUUGCUGGCCGAGGUGGUCUCGGCCUUCUUCGACAAAUUCCAGGACCUGCCCGGCCAGCGCCUGUCGCUGAUGCUGCGCAUGAAUCACCGCCGCUAUCCGGCCGAUCUGGUCGGCAUCCUGCUGCCGCUGCUGUACGACGAGAUCUCGCCGGGCACGCCGCUGCCGCCGCUGCAGGCCGAGGUCACGCACAGCGUGGCAGCGCUGUCGGCCGCCUUCCAGAUGUGGGACACGUUCAGCCAGGCCUUUCCCGAGCGCUGGCAGGCCAUGCCCGACCACCAGGCGGCCGUCUACAUCGACUCCAGCAUCGGCAGCCUGCAAAAGCAGCUGGCCGAGGCCGGCCUGCACCCGAACCAGCAGACCGACCUGCUGGCCUACCUCAAGGACGACGUGCAGGGCAUGAGCGAGCUGGCCCUGCUCAGCCGCGAGGCGCUGUGGCAGCUGCAGGCCAUCGUCAACGCCUGCCUGCGCCGCUGGCCCGCCAUCAACGCCCGCACCCACGCCGUGGACACGGCG